CCCUGUCGCCAAUGGCUACCCCUUCUCGACGAGAUGUAGAAGAGGAGCAGCAGCAAACCUGGUCAGGGUCUAAGGUUCGAGGGGGAGGGGUCUUGGGGAGGCAACCGAGUCCGAGCCCGGCCAAGGCUAGGCAAGCACAGCGUCGGUACCGCUCCUUGUACCACCAAGCCGCCAAAGAGUACUGGGCAUGGCGAGAAGGAGAGAACGACUCGCAGCGAGCUCUUGGGUCAGUGUUUCACCUCCUUGAUCGCCUCCAGCUGUUCGAGCCAGACCAACAAACGGGUGGGGAUGUCAAUCUCGGUGGCUUGGAGAAAUUACCGGGUUGUCGGGAGCUCCUGAUUCUCAAGCACACCACCGAGCUGGAGCGAGUGAUGCGCCUCUGGCGCGCCCUUGUGCGGCAGAUGAGAGGACAGGUAUCUCGUGUUGAAGAGCUUCUCGCCGAAGGCUGGCAGCUACAUCGCUCAGACCCGGCUCGAGCGCUUCUACAACCCCGCCACCCUGCGCCACCCUCGCCGUCCCCACCGCUACCGACCGCCCUAUCGCGAUCCCCCGGGAACGCAUUCACCAUCCCCCCUUCCCCGCAGCACGCCGGCGCUGCUGUCGGGGUGCGGUCGACUUCUGCAAGCCACACCACCGCUCCGGAAGGGCGUCUGCAGCGCGUUCAUCACGUCGGUGCAAAGGAGGGCGACAUUGAUGGCAGCACGGGCAAUCCUCGACAUUCCUCUCUAGAAGGUGCAGAAGUCGCUGCGUCGCCUCAGGGGCGGCUAGGUGAUAUCGGAAACGGGCUGCAGGCAGGUUUGCCAGCGACGGGUGGGAUGAAGGAGGGUGAUCGAGCGGGAGCGGUGGUCUCAGAGAUUCCCGGGGAAACCGCGAGAGCGAUGGCGGCUGGAGGGGAUAGGGCGGGGGGGGUGACGACCAUGACCGUGGGGCCUGCAGAACACCUGCAAUGGCUAGGAGAUUUGUCCAGCAUGUUGGUGCAUGAACAGUGGCGAAAGGAGGUACAGAGCGUGCCGGCACCCUAA